UUGCUUCCUUAUUCAGGAGAAUUUUUCAUACGCGAUAUCAACUACCAGACACCACAAAUACAACUCUACGAUCCAUAUUAUUGCCUCCCAAGACGGCUAUUGGACAUCAAUCUUUCAGGUUAUUAUCAGAACUACACCUUCCUUAGCUGCCCAUCUGAGCUCACGAGGUCUCGAUUCACUUCCAUCGAUUGCCUCAGUAAUUCCACAAACACUACUUUAGCUACAUCUUCAAUGACUCUUGUAACAUCUAUGACCAUGUGCAAGAUAAUGGCUGCUUUGCUAUUAUCAUGUGCAACAUGGAGAUCUGGUAGGACUAACAGCCUCAGAGUUUUCAGCAUCAUUGCCUUGGUCAUUGUCCUUCCAUCCAUCACAUGUGCAUUUGGUAUUGCAUUUUUCAUGUGUUGCAUGGACGACGGAAAUCUACGCAGUCCUGCUACCAAUACCACACUCACCGUAGCUGCAGUAACACCGCAAUCAACCAACUUAUCGACAGGCUUAGAUGAAUCAACCAUUGAGUCCUACACCAAAGUAGUCCUCGGUGAGAGCAGACGCCUUCCAUGGCCAAAUGAUAACACUUGCCCAAUAUGCUUGUCAGAUUACAGCCCCAAAGAGACAGUCAGGUGUAUACCUGAGUGCAUGUACUUUAACUAUAAACAACGAAUAGCAAGUAAAGAUCAUGUUGUGCCAUUGCUAAUUAUACAUAUAUUCAUUAUGUCAGAAUUUCAAGGCAUAAUGAGGAUAAUCUCAUUAAACUGUUUCACAAAGUUGCAGCUUUACAACAGGAGUAUCAACUAA